AUGAAGAACCAAGAAGUGGGCACUGCCACACGGGUUAUAAUCCUGGCAAUGGUGAUAUCAGUGCUAUCGCUAUUUGUUUUAGUCGGAGUUCUUGUCCUGAUUCAUAUCUGUGUACUAGUGAGGGAGUUCAACAGAAGAAGCGACAACAUUAACAUGGCGGAGAGAGGGAGCACCAACAUGUCCAUGUCCAUGUCCAAGGAGGAUAUAGAAAAGCUUCCUUGCUUCAUUUUUCAAGCCAAAGAGAAAGGAACUAGUACUCCAGUGGACUGUGCAAUUUGUUUGGAUAAUUUCAAGGUGGGUGAUAAGUGCAGAAUGUUGCCUCAAUGCAACCACAGUUUUCAUGCCGAAUGCAUAGACUUGUGGCUCCUUAAGUCUCUCUAUUGUCCAAUUUGCAGAACUAGCACCGAUAUUCUGAGGGACUGUUCCAUAUCUGCAGGAGAAAGCAGUGGAAGUGGUCAAACGAGACAAGAGUUGAGUUGA